CCCUCCCCGGAGCAAUGGAUUUCCAGAGACUUACAAGCUCUCCGCAAGAAGAACAAAAUUCCUGCAAACGUGACCAAUGCUGCCAUGGCCGACGCUCUGAAAGCUCUCCAGCUCGUUGAAGGAAUUGAAGAAUUGACGCAGCUGUCUCAAUCUGAAACUGCACAAUCAUCAACUGAAUUCGAAGAAAACGGUAAUCUGAAGUCCCCCAUUCCAGAGCAAUGGAUUUCCAGAGACAAGGAGAGAAUUGCAAGCUCUCUGCAAGAAGAACAAAAUUCCUGCAAACGUGACCAAUGCUGCCAUGGCCGACGCUCUGAAAGCUCUCCAGCUCGUUGAAGGAAUUGAAGAAUUGAUGCAGCUGUCUCAAUCGGAAACUGCACAAUCAUCAACUGAAUCACCAGUGAGAUGCGAGGUAACGUCUCCCUAUGUGCCUCCAACUGGUGGCAGAAGCACACGCCGGAGAAAUGUUGCAAAAGAAGAGCCUGAAUCUGUGAAGCCAAUGACUAGGACUCGGCGUACGGCUUGCAAGACCCUAGUUAAAGAUGCUGAUGAAUCACAGGCUGAUGUAACCGAAACUCCAACAUUGGUGGCGCAAACUAAUAGAAAGAAGAGUCAGAUGGCCUCGGCCUGUCGGAAAAUGGAUUCCCAGUUGAUGGAAUGUGUAGAGGAGGAAAAGAAAGAUGUUUCAAUGACUCCUGCUCCAAUGGGAGUUACUAGCCGAAGAAGAAGGGUGAACAAAGAGAGUGCGGUUCAGAAAGUGUAUACGUCGGUCAGUUAGGUUGGCGGAGAAGAAUGUGGAGAAGUUGAAUGUGGCGAAAAAUGAAGGGUCUGAGCUUUUCAAGAAGGAAUUGCUUACUUAAAGAUGCUGGUGAAGAUGAGGAUAUGACUUUGAAAGAAGACCCGAAUGAUUCUGAUGAUGAAGUAUCAGGAAUUACUGGUACCAAUGCAAGCACAACUACAGAUGAGAGUUCUCAGGAGAAAGAUAAAUCAGAAGUUGUUUCAGCUGAAGAACAGGUUAUAUCAAUGGUUCAAGAGAUCGAAGUGGCACCAGGCCUGCACUUUGUGGCAGAUGGUCCUAAGCCAGCGGUGAAGGAGAAUAGUGAUGUGGAAAAUGAGGAAACAGGAUCUUAUGAUGUUUGUACAUCUGAGAUUGAAGUUAAAGUUGAAAACACGGAAGAACUGAAUAGUGAGAAAGAGAUAGGACCUCAAGACAAGGCUGCUGUCCACAAUUUAGAUGUGACCUUGGAGAAAUUCACAGAACUCAGAUUGCAACAAGCUACAGAAGAAGUGUCAACUAGAAAAAUGCUGGAGGAUGUUACAGAAGCUGAUUUCAUUGAUCAUUUGGUAUCUCUGAUAAAAUUGAAAUUCUUCAGCAUGACGAAAGCACAAAGGUUGCUGCUGAUCUGGUGCGGUCUGAUGGUGGAGUGGCGGUGAAUAAUGCACUUUCCGCUGUAAAGGAUUCACCAUGCAAGCAACUAGGUGACGAACCGGGUGCAAAAGGUGUUCCACUCGGCUUUGCUGCAGAGUUAGAUUCACAGCUCAUCAGUCAACCAACCUGUUUGACGCCGAGUAAUAUUCUGCAAGCAAGGCAACUGCAACAAUGAAAAUGGUUGACUGCUUUCACAGAUAACAAAGAGAACAUUGGUAGUGGCAGUAAAUUGGUUCUUGUGAAAGACAGAGUAAAGACAGCUAAAAACAGUGUUGAGAAUGCCGACAAUUUGAAUGAGUUGAGUGUGAGAAAGCUGUCCAAGAUGUUGAAGGUAAAGCUAGAGAUCACCAAGAAGUCAACCAAAAAUGACAGUGGCAAGUGGAACGAAAAAGCAUUACCAAGAACAGCUCUGCAAGCACUUCCCGUGAACCGAUUAGUAGAUGAAACCUGCUAUGCAAGAAUUUGGUAAUCCAGGGUCCAGUUAAUCAUGCAACCCACUUUACUUGGUGUUUAACUAAUGUUUUUACCGCAUGUUACUCUUGUCUGUUGUCCUGUAUUUGUAGUCUUUGGAUUAUGGUAACUGGCCUUCUCUAUAGGUUAUGUAGGAAAAAAAAUUGAGGGUGAGAAAA